AAAGACUCCCAAGCAGCAACAGAGAAGUUCGAUGCCAACUCCCCUAUUGUCCGAAAAUUAAUCGGCUGGCUCAACAAAGAAGGAGAGGUUCAGUCCCAAAAGACCCAGAGGGAGACGAGCCAAGGAGAGGGUGAGGAGGUGGAGAGUCAAGGACGCAUAUCAGUGCACAAGAGGAUGCACAAAAAUGCAUCCCAGAGGCUGGGACCCAGAACUGAGGAAUAUGGGGAAAAUUCUAAGGAGCCUAGCAAUGAAGACGCCAGGGAUAUUCUCAAACUGAGGAAAGAGAUGGAGGAACUAAAAAGGCAAAUUGAUAGGGAUGGGUCUUUCGGGCCCACCGUGGAGGUAAUUUCCCCUUUUACUUCCAGGGUGAUGAAAGCUAAGCUGCCUAGGGUGGCAGAAAUUAAGAGUAAGGAGGGAGGUGGACAGAAAAGGAAGCGUGGAGACCAAAAAAGAAAGCAGUGGCCCUAUGACCCAGAAAAAUAUUGUAAUUUCCAUAGAAGGGCCGGACACGCCACGGAGGAAUGCAUGUUCCUCAAGAAGAUGGAAGGACAGAUGAAGGAGAGGGGACCGAAUGCUAACAGAGAGCCGAAGCAAGGGGGUAAUGUUUGGCGUAGGGACGCCCAACCUCAACAACAAAUCCAGGAGAACCCAGAAGAAUUCCCCCAAGUAGGAGUCAUCUUUGGCGGUCCAGAAACGGGAGUCACAAACAAGGAGAGGAAUGAAUGGGCCCGCAGGCUAUAUGUGGGGUCCAUUGACGUGGGCCAAGUGGCCAAGAAAGGAAGAAGGGAGCCCAUUGUCUUCUCGGACGAAGAUUUGCCGCUCAUUCCUAGUCCUCACCGGACCCCCCUGGUAAUUUCUAUGGCUAUUCACAAUUUUUUUGUCAAAAGAAUAUUGGUGGAUACAUGGAGCAGUGUCAAUGUGUUGUAUUGGGAGGCGGCCCAGCAACUGGGAAUCAGGAAGGAAGAUCUCAAAAGGCUUAAUAUGCCCUUAUCCGGUUUCACCGGAGACAUAAUUGAACCGGAAGGGUCCAUUAAGCUGGAGGUCAUCAUAGGCGAGCAUCCAAAGGUGAGGCAUAUGAAGAUGGAUUUUGUGGUAGUUGAUAUCAAGUGCGCUCACAAUGCCAUCUUAGGGAGGCCUGGACUAGAGGACUUAGGAGGGGCGCUGUCCCUUGAACACUUAUGCCUCAAGUUCAGGACUCCCGAAGGUAUUGGAAGAGCCCUUGGUGACCAGCCCGCAGCCAAGAAGGCUUAUCUAAACGCGUGCAAGAAGAUAGACAAGGAGAACCUCAACAUCCAAACCAUUGGACAAGCUUUGGAAGAUAAAGAUAGGGAAGAGGAGGACCGGGAGAGGCCUAAGCCAGCUGUGGAAAUGGAAGAAGUGAUGUUAUUCCCUGAUGGAGAUCCAGAGAAGGUCGUAAGGAUCGGCUUAGGGCUAGAGGAGGAUACCCGUGAAGAGAUUACCCGAGUACUAAGAGAAAACUCGGUCCUCUUCGCAUGGGAAUCCAAAGAUAUGCCCAGAGUCGAUCCUUCAAUCAUUUGCCAUAAGUUGAACAUCAAGAUGGAUUCCCUCCCGGUCAAGCAAAAGAAAAGGUAUCUGUCCACGGAUAGAAAGGAAUUUGUGAGGAAGGAGGCCAUAUCUAAUCAUCGUCUUCCAACUCUUUAUGUGAUCUGACUACCUAUACCCCUUUGCUACAAGUCUCUAACACUAUCCAACAAAACUUUCAUUUAUAGUUUAACGUUAUAUUCCUAUCGCAAAGGAACCUUGUGAGUUGUCUCUUCCUCAUCCAACUGAACGUGACAUCCACCACUAAUAAUUAUGUUGGAUUAUACUUCCUCCUUUCCAAUUUAAGUUGCCUAUUUAGGGUCUAUUCUUUAGGACUGGAAAAAAGAGCUGGAUGUUGG